AACCCUUCAACCUUUAGGCCUUGCUGAAACCUUGUGUGGUUCACCACUUUACAUGGCUCCAGAAAUAAUGCAACUUCAGAAGUAUGAUGCAAAGAUCUCUGGAGUGUUGGUGCCAUUUUGUUUCAGCUUGCAACGGGGAAAACCCCAUUUACAGGAAGCAAUCAAAUACAGCUGCUCCAGAACAUCGUGAAAUCAACCGAAUUGAAUUUUCCUCCGGAUAAAAAGGAUUUAAGUUCUGACUGCAUAGAUUUGUGUCGAAAAUUGCUACGCCGUAAUCCAGUGAUGUGAGUCUUGGUAAAGAAGUCAACAAGUUGCAGAGACGAAGACACGAAAGUAAGCGAGAUAGAGCCAGAUUGCAGAUAUUGACGGAUAAAGUGACAAUCAAUCUCAAUGUGCUUGGUCUGCUCAUCGAAGACAGUGUUAUGUGCAAUCUGAAUAGCACUGCGGUUGUCACAAUAGAGAGAGGUCGAAGAAGACUGAGGAAUGCCCAAGUCAGAGAGAAGACAGCGAAGGCAAACAACUUUAGCAGUAGCAUGAGUCAUAGCACGGUACUCAACUUCGGCAGUGGAACGGGUAACAACAGUUUGUUUCUUAGUUUUUCAAAAGAUCAAGAAAUCACCAAGAAACAUAUAAAAACUAGAAGCGGACCUACGAUGGAUAACAUUGCCAGCUCAAUCAGCAUCAGCAUAGGCCACUAACUCCAAGGAAGAAGUAGACGAUAACAUCAAGCCUUGGAAGAUAGUACUGCGAAGAUAGCGAAAAAUCCGAUCCAAAGUAGCCUAAUGUGUAGGGUGAGGAGCAGAAACAAACUAGCUAACCACACGAACAACAUAGGCACCUCUACACCUUUGCUGGUUUUGUUGCUUUAUUACUGUAUGUAAAUAAUAUGAUCAUCACUGGCUUUAACUUUUCUGCUAUCUCUGAGGUCAAGCAGCACUUUUGAAAUGAAAGAUUUGGGACCCUUACAGUAUUUUCUUGGUAUUGAGAUGACCUCUUCUCCCAAGAGCUACUUUCUGUCUCAGGCUAAGUAUGCCAAUGAGGUUAUUCACUGUGGCGGUCUUACUGACACUAAAAUUUUUGAUACCCCCAUUAAGCUUAAUGUGAAGCUCAACACUGUUGAUGGUGUCUCUCUGGAUGAUCCCACUUUAUAUCGCAAGCUUGUGGAUUGCUUAGUCUAUCUGACUAAACAAGGCAGAUUUGUGGGCACAAGGAUGAAACCCAAGCUUAGUAACAACUUUCUGAAAGCGAUCAUACCAAGCACGAGGAGAUUGCUUCUAACCAUACAGAGCACACCGAAGAUGACAAACCUGUCUAGAGGAAUGAGAAAGGCCAGGAGGAGGACGCAUGUAUACCUCUUCAGCGAGAUGACCAUUAAGAAAAGCAUUCUUAACAUCCAUCUGAUAAAGGGGCCAAUGACGAACAUCAGUAACAAAAAUCAAAGUAUGGACAGUAUUUAUUUUCACAACAGGUGCAAAGGUCUCCUCAUAGUAACAACAAACAUGGCAGAGGGUAAGAUUGACCCAAUACACACAACAGACAUACCAGACCCAUUAGCAGUAUUAAUAGUAAUAGAUACAGGAAGGGGACUACAGUUUUGGAGUAAGGAAAUAUGAGAAGUCAUAUGAUGAGAGGCACCAAAAUAAAAAAGGCCAGAGAGAAGAAGGGAUACCAGAGGAGGAUCUAAGCAAACUUGAAUGAAGAGAGGUAAGAGCAAAGACAAAUGGUGAUGGCUAAGAGGUGGACACAAGGAUGAAACCCAAGCUCAGUAACAAAUGUCUGAAAGCGAUCAUACCAAGAAUGAGGAGAUUGCUUCUAACCAUACAGAGCACGUCGAAGAUGACAAACCUAUCCAGAGGAAUGAGGAAAGCCAGGAGGAGGACGCAUUUAUACCUCCUCAGUGAGAUGGCCAUUAAGAAAAGUAUUCUUAACAUCCAUCUAAUAAAAGGGCUAAUGACGAACAUCAAUAACAGAAAUCACAGUAUAGACAAUAGUCAUCUAUACAACAGGUGUAAAGGUCUCCUCAUAGUAACAACAGACAUAAUAGAGGGUAAGAUAGACCCAAUACACACAACAAAUAUACCAGACCCAUUAGCAGUAUUAAUAGUAAUAGGUACAGGAAGGGGACUACAGUUUUGGAGUAGGGAAAUAUGAGGAGUCAUAUGAUGAGAGGCACCAGAAUCAAAAAGCCAGAGAGAAGAAGGGAUACCAGAGGAAGACCUAAGCAAAUCUGAAUGAAGAGAGGUAAGAGCGGAGACAAAUGGUGAUGGCUGAGAGGUGGACAUAAUCUGCUGAAGUUGAACAAUCUGAGCACUUAAGGAAGCCAAGUCAGGAUUGGAAGGAGUAGAUGCUGCAUAAGUGGUAGGAGGCCCGAAAAUACUCUGAGUAGGACCGUGGAACUUUGUCUGAGGUGGUUGACGUCCCUUCUUGGGACAAUUGUAUUUUCAAUGGCCCCUCUGAUGGUAGAAAACACACUCACUUGAAACCAAGAGCCCUUUCUUGGGCUUUGCAGUGGCUUGAAUCGGUGGUGUCGAUAAUAGUGGAGGUUGAGUAGGAGCUAGGAAGACAAGAUGGAGGCGGAGUUUGACUGGCCGUUUUGAGACGGGUUUCCUCGGAGAGAAGCUCACGAACAAUGGCAUCCACAAAGGGAAGAGGAGACCGGUGAAGGAUGCCACCACGGAUAGCCUCAUACCGAGGAAGAGAGUCGUUAAGAACUACAUUAAACGACCCUGCUCCCGAAACUCAAUAUAAGCAUCUAGAACCUUGAGGCUGGAAGGUUCCAUACUAGCCAACUGAUCCCAGAGACUUGUCAUCUCAAUAUAGAAAUCCUAAAUAGACAGAUCCCGUUGACGAGAUCCGUGAAUAGUUAUUUCCUACUCAUAUUGUUUGGCAAAGUUGGAUUGCUAAAAAACCCUCUGCAAGUAAUCCUACAUCUCUUUGGCAGUGCUGUAUUUAGAGAACAUCAUCCUGAUAUGGUCAUCCACAGAACCAGGUCAAAACUUUGGCAUUAUCAUCAUUCCAAGUGUCACAGGAAGUCAGAUAUCCUUCUUGUUUUGGAUCCGAUGGACAAGGAACAGUACUAGAAAGAUAUCUCUAUUUUUUUUGACCGAGAAAAUUUCUCAGAACACUAGACCAAUAAGCAUAGUUGUCACCUGUAAAUUUGCACUUGAUAGCCUGAAUUUUAUCUUCCGACAUUGUAAUGAACCAGAAAUAAAAGAGAAGGGAAUUGAUUGGGCAAAGUGUAAUAACCCAAUAAAUUUGAGGGGUCAAGCUGUAAUAACCCAAAGUUGGGACAGAAGGGUCAAAUACUGGUGGAUUGAAAUUAGAGAAUAGAGACCAGAGACUAAUGGUGAAGAGCUUCGAUCGACACAGUUAGAGAGAGAGAACCAGAAGUCGAGCCAAAGUAGAGGUUGCCCGAGAGAGAGAGAGAGAGAUCCCUCAAACCCAGACCAGAGUUGCGACUUCAAACCAAGCACUAGAAGUCUGUUGCGACUUCAGAGAAGACCAGAGAAGUUUGUCGCGACUUCGGAGAAGAACAGAGAGGGUUGUCGUGAUUUUGGAGAAGCCCAGAAAGACCUUCGUGACUUUGGAGAAGACCAAGGAAGACUUCGAACGACAAGCGUGAACGAAGAGAAAGAACUUUGAAUGAUCAAGGCAAGGCCUAGGGUUUCAAACGUGGGUCUGAUACUGAUGGAACGGUUGACAUUUCAAGAGUUUUUUAACCACCCUUUUCUGUCUCUGGGGCAACCAGAUGAAUUGAGGAAUAGGCAGCCACCGAGAAUAAUAGAUGGUUUUCCCUUUUCUGAACACAAACCUGUGAGGAAUGCAGAAGAGUGUUCUCAAGAAGAUUGUUUACCUUUCAGUCUUGAUGAUGAUUCUGGUGUUCAUGAUGGGAAUCCAUCCAUUGUUAGGAGGCCCUCUAUGAAGUGCACAUAUGGUUUUUUGCUUGAUACAAAAGUUGAUAGAAAGGAAGUGUUCAACACUUCAAAAGACACGGAUCUUAUUUCCAAGUCUGGUAAUGUUACACAUAACCCAGAAAAUACUGGUUUUAGGCCUGACAGCUACAGACCUUCAGAAGGAAAUUUGAAAGAAUCUCUCAAAUCCAUGGACCAAAGACCAAUGAGCAUGCGCUCGAGAGUUUUGGAUUCAUUGGAGUUUAUUGAUCUUGAGUAUGUUUUCGUGUCUGGAUCCCAAAUGGAUGCAUCGUCUUCUUCGGCAAGUGCUUCCAAGGUCAGCCAUUUGCCAUGCAAGUCAGAGAGUCCCCAUCAAGCAUCUGAAAAUGUAAACUCCACGUCAAGUGCCCCAAUGCAAAUCAUUGGUGCAACAGGCAGUGGAGUUGGUUGCAUUGGAAGCUUAGACAGUCAGAGCUCUGUUCCUUCUGGGACUUCACAAGGAUCCGUGGAUAUACGAGAUGCUUUAGAGCAGUCAUCAGCUCACUGCAUGACCAGGAUUAAGUCAUUGCAGCGGUUUGCAUCUGCCAUCACAGAAUUAGUAAAUGAAAAGAUUGUGGCAGGUAGGCAACUAGAAGCAUUCUCUAUUGAGCUUGUAAUUCUUGCAAUAUGGAAGCAAGCUCUUCACAUUUGUCAUACCCAAGCCAUGUCAGCUAUUGAAGGAAGCCCAACACAAGAGAUGGCUAGAUUGCGGGAGAGCACUAACAAGGAGCAUGGUAGUCCUGGUGGUGCUAACACUCGAAGACCGCAGGAUAUUUGCUCACAGAUUGAGAGGGAAUUUCUUCUUGAAGUUGAAAGUGCCGAGGAACUUGCCAAAGUCAUUGAGCCAGGAAAUAUGGAGAUGCCUGAUGCAAUGGAGACAAUAUAUCAAUCUGCCCUUGCUUUGGGCAAACAUGGAGCUGUUGACGAGUACAUGGGCGACAUGGAAAGUGCAGCAGUUUACUACUCGAAAGCAGUGCGUUUGUUGGUCUUCCUUCUUGUUGAAGCACCAUCCCUCAUUCUGAAUCCUCCCUUCUCUCUCACAAAUUCAGACCGCUAUAGACUCCGCACUUACAUUGAUGUCCUUAGUAAUAGGCAAAGCCAUUCAAGGUCUCAAAGGAUGGCUCUUCUUAAAUGUGAGGAACAACCAUCUUGAUGGGUUAGCUCUGUUUUACAGUAUAUAAUAAUUUGUUUGUACAGCUAUUCUUUAGAGUGACCUGGGAGAUGUUGGAAUUGACCCGUAUGCGGGCGGGGUCCGAUGAUGUUAAUAUUCUCCUUUCUGUAAUUUUACACAAGGGUAAACUGUUCAUUUUUUUCAAUAUUACUGUGCGAUAUCUUUUGAGGUGUUCA